CGAAAAUCGAAGACUAGGACCAAUGGAUGGAAUCUCAGCAGCUAAUUGGAGAAUUCUAGGGCCGGUUGUUCCUGAAUUAGCGCUUCGAUAUAGUGGGCUGCAGCCGCUAAGGCUAAGACCCAUAGGGUUAUUCUAGCUGCGAUUUCGGGGAUUCUUGAAUCACCGAAUUCUUUCUUCUAGGGAUCUUUGCCGCGGCAUACUCUCGGAAUCAACAAGGUGAUGAUAACUUCCUUGUAACGAACACCUUAGGUACAUGAAAUAUCCGCCUAAGGUCGCCUAGGAAACAAGUAUAAUAUUUAACUCAUAAGCUGAUGACGUCGGGUUCAUCCACGUUUCGCUGCAAGCCGUUUAGAAGACGAUUGCGACAUACGGAGCAAAAUAAGAUCUGAGACAUGUUGACGAACGAAUAUUAUCAGAUUAGAGAAACUUAAGAUUUUCAGCUACAGACAGACUAGUUUACCCCUACUCUCUUCCUCCACCAUCUCACAUCUUACUCUUCGACCUCACUUUUCGACAACUAGGGGGAAAAUGUCGAAACUUUCAAACACCGUCAAGGCGCUCAUCAACGCCAGCCACGCGAGCCCGGGAUACACCCCCUCGUCGGCAGGCGUGCAAACGGCGUUGACAAAGUUCGCGAGCGAUGCGGCCGAGAAGAAAGUUGGAUUACCCGCCUGGGUAACGCUGUCGACAGCCGUCUCGGCAACACUAAACUGCCCCGAGGCCAUGACCCAAAUCUUCCACCUCGCCAACGCGACCCCGACGCCCAACUCGCCGCGCACGCCGGCCCAGAACGCCGAGCUGAUCCGCGAAGUCGGGCUCAAGUGCAUAUCCUUCAACGGCAUCCCGCGGAGCAUCAACACUUUGGGCGCUUUCCACAGCAGCCUACCUAAAGACGUCGCGGCCUCGCUCAGCACGAAGCCGACGCGCGAGCUGACGCCGGAAAACCUCGAGGUCAGAAAGAGGGACGGCCUCGCCCUCUGGGACAGCGUGUACCUGGGCUUCGAGCGCAAGCUGCUCGACAAGCUGGCGCAGUCGCAUCCGGACCUGCCCGUCCAUAUUCUGAAUGGCCAUUACUCGAACCUGCUGUCGAACCCGCGGGGCGCGGAUGCGCCGGCCAAGGUGGGCCGCGUGCUCACUUCGCUCGUGGCGAUCGCGUGCUUGCGCGCGCAGACGGGGGUCGGGCCGCAGGUCGUGUCGCAUGUCUUCGGGCUGAGGAAGGCGUAUGAGAAUGGGGAUGCGCGGGCGGAGGGCGAGGAGCCGGUCGAGGGCGGGCCGUGGCUGGCGUCUGAGGAUGGGAAUAUUUGGUUACUGGAGAAUGUUGAUAAGUUGGUGGGUGUGAUUACUAGUGGUGAGGGGACUACGUUUGCUCCUGGACUAAGGCCGAAGUUAUGAUGGGGGUUACGAGGUGUGAGAGGGAUGAAGUGAUGAUCCAUGCACUGACGAUGGAUGAUGGAUGGAAAUGCACAUAUAUCUUAUGUACAUAAAGACCUUGACCACGAGAUGAUGUAUUGUCUACCGUCUCAUAUUGAUAGAUGAGAAAUAUGACCAAAUUUGGAUACACACUCGCCGA